GCAGCGUCUCUAACGUUAACUGGUAGCCAAUAUCAAAUCAUAGCAGUCGACAUGAUGACAAGUUGAUUUUGUGACUGGUCCAGGUUGCAGAUCUAGAGACGUUGGACAGGGAGGAGAUGGGUGGAUUGUGUAGGCCGCUCCAGGCCUCUGUGGUCUGGCUGACCAUUCUCCUUCUGCUGCUGGGAGAGAUGGUGAACACAGCCCAGGAGCUUGACCCCUACAGAGUUCUGGGGCUCACCAAAAGCGCCAGUCAAGCAGAGGUCAAGAAGGUGUACAAGAGGCUGGUCAGAGAAUGGCACCCAGACAAGAACAAUGAUCCUGGGGCUGAGGAUAUGUUCAUCAAGAUCACUAAAUCUUAUGAGGUCCUGGGGAAUGUGGAGCGGCGUGCUAACUAUGACCGCUACGGUCAGAUGGAGAACAAGCAGGGUCAGCACCAGCAGGGCUUCAACCGACAAUUCCACAACAGCUUCUACUUCGAUGAGUCAUUCUUCCAUUUCCCUAGGUCAGGCCGGGACUUCUCAGACAACAAGUACCUGCUCCACCACGCAGGGUACAACAGUGAGGUGCUGCCCGACAGCUUCAAGCGGCCCUACCUGAUCAAGAUCACCUCAGAGUGGUGCUUCGCCUGCGUUCACAUCGAGCCAGUCUGGAGGGAGACAGUACAGGAGCUAGAGCCACUGGGUGUGGGUAUCGGCAUUGUUGACAUUGGUGAUGAGCGUCGCCUAGCCAACCAGCUGGGUGUCCAUCGCACGCCAUCCAUCCUGGGUGUGGUCAACGGUAGAGUGACCGUAUUCCACUACUCCGUGGUCAGAGAACACCUGCGACAGUUUGUAGAAGACCUGCUGCCUCAGAGGCUGGUGGAAAAGGUAACAGAUAAGAACUAUGAGUCCUUCCUGGGCAGCUGGCAUGUUGAGAACAAUCCCAGUUUGUUGCUGUUUGACCAAGUGCCUACAGUGCCCCUGCUCUACAAGCUCACAGCGUUUGCCUUUAAGGACUAUGUGCGGUUUGGUUACGUGGACCAGGGACUGACAGAGACAUCCAGACUACUGCAUCAGUUCAACAUCAACAGCUACGCUCCCACAAUGCUGCUGUUCAAGGAGAACACUGAGAAACCUGCUGAUAUUAUACAGGCUAAAGGGAUGAAGAGACAGAUCAUGGAGGAGUUUGUUUCCAACAACAAGUACCUGUGUGUCCCUCGGUUGGUCAACCAGCGUCUGUUCGAUGAGCUCUGCCCCAUCAAGCAGUUCCACCGACGCAGGAAGUACUGUGUGCUGCUGAUCACUGGUGAGGAGCCAGGGUUUGUCCCUGGUAACCAGGCCUUCCUGACCUUCGCCUCGUCCAACACUAAAGACGUGCUGCGCUUCACAUAUGUCUACCAGAGACAGCAACAACCACUGUGUCAGGCACUGCUCCACAACCAGGCCCCACUGUUCGCACAGGUGGUGAUACUGGAGAGGCGGAGCCCUGGAGGUAAGGUAGUGUAUCGGUCUGUGAUUGGUGGAUGGAACGGCAGUGACGAUGAUAAGACCCGCCUCCACGAGCAGCUGGAGCUCCUGCAGAGAGACCCCUCCUACCUGAGCUAUGACGCCACGCUACCUGAACUAAACAACGAAUUGGCCCCCAUGUUUCUGAUUCAGUGGAUGAAUGCAGCUUAUGAUUACUUCCUUCAAAUCUAUGACGACCUUCUCUUCUCCAACUGGCGAGAGAUGAUGCCCAUCCUGUCUCUCAUCUUCUCUGCUCUGUUCAUCCUCUUUGGGACUGUCAUCAUCCAGACCUUCAGUGACUCGGGUGAAGAGAAGCCUCCCCAGAAACCAAAGCCAAAGAACCCACCAAAGACUGAUGAAGACUCAACUGGUAGAGCCAAUACUUCCAGUCGUCCUCCUAAGAAGGACUUUGUAGAGGUGACUGAGCUGACAAACGUCACCUACAUCAGUAACCUGGUCAAGCUGAGACCUGGUCACAUCAACGUGGUCCUAGUCCUCACUGACGCUUCCAAGAAUGCUCUGCUCAGGAAGUACGCCAAAGAGGUCUUCUCCUUCUCCGGGACCCAGACCCUACACUUCUCCUUCCUGAAUGCAGACAAGCACAACCAGUGGAUGCCCUCUCUCCUGGAGUCUUGUCCUACUGCAGCCCGGGACCUGGCCCACGGAGAAGAGGAGGAGGAGGAGGGGGGAGGAGGAGAGAGGGAUGAACACUCCUCUUCCUCUCCUUCCUCAGGUCGUCCCAGAGACUUCGCAGGCCAUGUUCUGGCCCUCAAUGGACACAAGAAGUACUUCUGUCUCUUCAGACCGGUCUUCACUGGUGACACGGACACUGGCGGAGAGAGCUCGAGCUCAUCAUCUUCAUCAUUUGACGAAGGCUCCAGGAGAAAGUCUCGGUCCAGGUCGCGGUCCAAGUCGAGCUCACGUUCGAGGUCCAGGGAGGUGGGGGGUUCGUUUGGUAGGGGAGGCAGGGGUGGUGGGCGGUCCUCCAGGGCUACCAGUCUGGAGGUGCACCAUAAGCUGGACAGGCUGGGGCUGUGGAUGGAGAGGCUGAUGGAGGGGAAUCUGCCCAGGCACAGUGUCCCUGGCUGGCCUGGGCUGGACACCACCUCCUCUAGCUCCAGCCCCCUAUGAUGUGUAAAUGAGGUUUCUGAUAAGAGCAGCUUAAACGUAGUCAUUAUGCAAAGCCAAUUAAUAAUAGAGAAGAUUAAUAUAACCCAAUAAAGGAUACUAGCCUGGUCCCAGAUCUGUUUGUGCUGUCUUGCCAAUGCCAACUUCAGGUGUGACAAUGGCCAUAGGAGUUGGCCAGACAGCACAAACCCAUCCGGGACCAGGCUAGAUACUGAAGCUCCAUUUACCCUAUCACAACAAUCUUUUUUUACUUUAGCUUUAGGGACUAUAGUAGGUGAAGCUUCAAAUGCACUGAUCUUGCCAUUGGCUUUCAUAGGAAGCUGUUAACCAAGAAUUAGGGCUUGAGACAAUUGACGUGUUGCACUGUAAAGCACUGACUACUGUAUGCUUGGAUAUUUUGUUGUUGUAAAUAGACAACAAGGACCCUAUUACAUUUUUUUCAAAAAUAACACUGGCUCUUACGAUUUAAAGAAAAGGGGGAAAAAAGUAUAUUAUGGGGUACAAUUCAGAGGAGGCUGGUGGGAUGAGCUAUAGGAGGACAGGCUCAU